AUGCCAGAGACAGCGCCAAAUAUCUCGAGUCGUUUCCGAAGACGCGGUACUUCCAAUGCAAAUUUCCCGUGGAUCAUCUGCUUCCAUGGCUCAGGCGAUUCCUGCGCCUCUUGGGAGCCUUUGACAGACCUUCUCAGCGUCUACCAGAUUCUCCUCUGGGACCGGCUAGAUCCCAACAUCAACCCCGAAAAGGCCAAUUCAGAAUUGCUAGAGUACCUGGACAAGUCUAAGCUCUCCUCCAGUUACGUACUUGUCGCUCAUUCAUAUGGCGGCACCUUUGCCAAGCUUUUCCUCGAGUCUAGACCCUACCAAGUCGCAGGAAUGGUCCUCGUGGAAACAGGUCAAGAGACAGGCAUAGACCCUAAAAUCGAGCAACGCCAUUACCAAAAGCAAAUACUAGGAAGCAAACCGCUAGUUGUUAUUCGAGGAAACACUCUCAAAUGGAAGCAGAUACAGUACGAUCGGGCCCUUGCAGCAGAACAGAACUUGGCUAGUCCAACCUUGAUAAUACAAAAACAAAUGCUGGAUGCAACAGAUAGGGAAGAUGAAAGGCUAAAGAAGGCACAAUUGCAGCUUUCAAAGAACAACAAAUAUGUUCAUCUGCCAGAUUGUGGGCAUGGUGUCAUUGAGGCGAGGCCGGACGCUGUGAGAGAGGCUGUCUGUUGGGUUAUGGAACACCUACAGUCACAGGAUGAUGAAGUACUAACGAACCAAAAUCAAGAGGCUGAUAGUGAAGAAGGAAAGACUGCUUCGAAGAAGAGUGUCACGACGCGGUUGAAAAAGAUGGCAUUUCUGGGAAAAUUUGCAAAGCUGUUUGGGAGGUCAGAAGGAUAA